UUGGGAACAGCAUUUGAGAUGACUGCGGUGGAGAAGAUUGAGGAGCAGCUUGCUAAUCUGCGCAUAGCAAAACGUUCUGCACUAAGCGAGGAACCUGCUUACUUGCUGGACAUAGACAUUUCCAAGGCUGCUCAGUCUGAAAGCAGUUGCUAUGUGGCAGUUUCCUGUUCCAAUAAGUCAAUUAGGGUCUAUAACAGGGACACGUUAAACUUCCUACGGGAGUACAGUAGCCAUCCUGGGAUCCUUAAUGGAGUCAGAUUUGCGCACACGUGUGACAGCGUGGUGCUGUCGGCGUGCAGUGACAGUACAGUCAAGUGUUGGGAUAUUCGUUUAGCAACUCAGAAAGCUGUGCAGAUAUUUAGUGGCUAUCCUUCCAAUGUUUUCAUCAGCUUUGAUAUCAACUGCAGUGAUCUCAUUAUUUGUGCUGGAACAGAAAAAGUUGAAAAGGACUCAUUUCUGGUGUUCUGGGAUGCAAGAGGUAUUACAAACUGUGCCAGCACAACUAAAGAGCCUUUGGGAGUCUAUUCUGAAAGUCACAAUGAUGAUGUCACUAAAAUUUGUUUUCAUCCUGUUGAACCUAAUUUGGUAGUGUCAGGGUCAACUGACGGGUUGGUUAAUGUGUUUGACAUUAACAAGGAUAAUGAAGAUGAUGCUUUGAUAUCAACUUGCAAUUCAGAUUCAUCAGUAAGUUUUAUUGGCUGGUCUGGGAAAGAUUAUAAACAGGUCUACUGCAUGACACACGAUGAGGGAUUUUGUUGGUGGGACAUUGCUCAGUUAGAUACUGAAGACCCAAUAACUCUAUUGCAUGUUCUGGAUGUCAGAGAGACAGUCUGCACUGAAAAUGACAGCUUACAUUACCUGGUAGGUGGCUUGUACCACGCGAAGGCAGACAAACUCUUUCUUAUUGGGGGAACAUCCACAGGAAACAUUCACCUGAUCAGUUGUGCCACUGAUGGACUGAGCCUGGUGGGUACCCUUUCCCGAGGACACUCUGCCACUGUUCGCUCUUUCUGCUGGAACCUAACAGAUGAGUCUCUGUUGACGGGUGGAGAGGAUGCUCAGCUGUUACUAUGGAAACCUGGAGCUGUGGAAAGGUCCCUCACAAAGAAAACAUCCCUGAAGAUUGCUUCUUCUGUGCAGAAGAGUGUAAGAGUUCACAACAGCUCCUCCAAAAGCAGGAAGAAGUGACAUUCUGGAAGUGGGAAUCUCUGCUAUGUAGAGUUUUCCUGGUAUUUAAUCUCUCAGGCAGUGCUUGGUGGUGACUUAUUUGGUGUAAUUCUGUGGAAGGAACUAUGAUGCUUGAAUUCUGCCUGGGAAUGUAUUUCAGUCAUCAGAAGAAUGCCUUGUUUUGUUUUUUAAAGUUGCUAAUAUUAAUCAGAAAAGAGUGAAUGUUUACUCUUGAAUUCUUGAACAAUAGAUCUUAAGUCAUAUUAUAUAAAAAUGUUUCUGUGGUUGUUUAAUGUCUCAGCCAACAUUUUUUAAUGUGUAACAUAGGCCUGUGGCUAGCAUAAUCUGUUACCUUCCCACUGAAAUUCCCUGGCAUGUUUUGAAAGCUUUUGUACUUCAUGAUGGAUAUUGCUUUCUUUACAGAAAACUUAAUGAAAUUGCUCAAUAUAUUAAAAGAUUUUUA